CGAAGAUUGGAUUGGAUACAGUCCGGUCUUGAUCCGGUCCGUUUCCAAUUCGGUCUUGAUUUUACAUUGAGAUUGUGGGAUUUGAGUGGCCUAAGGCCUUAAAGGGUGAGGAGUUGGUUAAGUUUUGUACUAAGUGUAAAAAUUUGUGACCGUUUAUGCAAAUUAUCCUUAGGUUUUGGGUGUUGAGUUCUCGGUUUUUUACCUCAAAUCUAAGCCCAAAAAUUGGAUUGGAUUGUUUACUAUUCGGUCCGGAAAAUUAUUAAACUCUUUUGAUUUUCUCAAUUUAAUCAGAAACCCAGCUCCGCCAUAGAUUUCCCCAAAAAAAAAAAAAUCUCUUCCCCCCAAUUCUGCUCCGCCGUUCAACUCCCUCUCCGAGCUCCCCUCCAAUGGCGGCAACUGCUUCAUUCCUCCAGUGGAACCCAUUCAAAUGGAAGCAAUUCCCUCCCUCGCCGCCGCCUACAGCAAUUCGCUCCUCCUCCAUCUCGUUCCCUCUCAGGACCGCCGCUAAUAAAUCCUCCGCCUCCAAACCUGCUUCCAGGCUCACGAUCAGGUGUUCCUUGGCGGCGAAGCAUCUGAACUCCUCCAACGACAUUCAUGCCCCGGCCACCACGUCGGGCUCGAGCUUCGCGAUUGCCGAGUUCAAGAAGGAGAAGAAGAGUGCGUUCGAGAGACUCUGCAACGCCGCCCUGAAGGCCCUGCAGGCGAUGAAGAAGCCAGCGAUCGCCGCGAUUCUGGUCGCCGCGCUGCUGAUGUACGACCCCGCCUCCGCAUUCGCUGCCUCUGGUGGAAGGAUGGGCGGCAGAUCCUUCUCCCGCUCCUCUUCCUCGUCGUCGUCGGGGAGUUACUCCGUGCCUCACGGCUCGAGCUCGGGGUUUUCCUACUCCGCGCCUUACUACGGCCCGUCCCCGUUGGGCGGUGGGGGAAUUUACGUUGGCUCGGUAGUCGCCGGUGCUGGCUCUGGUUUGCUUCUAAUUGUAGCUGGUUUCGCUGCCUUUGUGUUGGUCUCCGGGUUUCUUUCCGAUGGAAAUGAAGCGGGAAUUCUAACAGCUACCGAGAAAACCAGCGUUAUCAAGCUUCAGGUUGGCUUGUUAGGACUGGCACGCUCUCUUCAGAGGGAUCUUAAUAAGAUUGCAGAAGUUGCAGAUACAUCCUCCUCAAAGGGUCUAAGCUAUGUCUUAACAGAGACUUCACUCUCUUUGCUUCGGCGUCCUGAUUAUUGCAUCUCAGCCUAUUCAGCUGUAGAUAUGAAGCGAAGUAUGGAGGAAGGUGAGAAACGGUUCAACCAACUUUCUAUUGAAGAACGGGGUAAGUUUGAUGAAGAGACGCUUGUUAAUGUGAACAGCAUUAAGAGGCAGAGCACCAAAAGCCGGAGAGCAAGCGAGUUUAGCAAUGAAUACAUAGUGAUAACAAUCUUGGUGGCAGCUGAUGGGGUGCACAAGCUACCCGCCAUUAACAGUGUUGGAGACCUAAAGAAAGCUCUGCACAAGCUCGCGACAAUUCCCUCUGACAGUAUACUCGCAGUUGAGGUGCUGUGGACGCCUCAAAAUGAGAACGACACGCUGUUGGAACGAGAACUGCUGCAAGAUUACUCGCUGUUGAGACCUUUAUGAGAGAGCUCUAAAUGAUAUAUACACGCCCAAAGCUCUGAUGGUUGGCUUGUCUCCCCUAUUGACGGUGCAGGUUUUUUUUCCUGGCAAAUGGCACACUGCAUUCUCCUGAAACUUGUAAAUAAAGAUAGAAUCUUGUU